UUUCCCUCCUCCCCGCUCCGUGUUGACACCGGCCAUUCAGUAGAUCCCCACCGAGCAGACUGGACUGCCGUAUUCAGAGACCCGAGCUCCUCUAGUUCCUGUUUCCGCUGCAGCCUUUCUGCUCAGUUUUCUGGAGCAACAAGACUCGCGUCAGACCCAGCCUCCGGCAGCCUCCCCGCCGUGCCUCCGGUCGGAUGCCUCUGGAAGCUGGCGCGUCAGACAAAGAAUGCAACUUGAAUAAAAGAAUCCGGUGGGACUGGACGGACACAGCGCAGCACUCUUGGAUAAGCCGGUCAGCGCCGAGCCGGGGGAGAGGUGAAGCCACUAAUCGGGCCGUCAUGCUUUAGCACACAGGAAAGACUGGCUGAUCACUGGAGAAGCACCGUUUGCCUUUACAUAGAUAAUCCUGAGCCACAGAGGCGCACAUCUCCCACUUAUCUGCCGUUUGUCAUCCUUGCAAAGAUGCCAGUGCCAAGAUUAACGCUGUGGCAUUUCUGGUGACGGAGCACACAGCUUGCGUGCGCAUCCAGGCAGGCCGGCCGGCUGGUGGAUCGACGGGCGGACGGGCACACCACAGGACAUUUUCGGUGGGCGUGGUGGAAGCAUGAGGCCCUGGGCAGGCUCUUGGCGGUGGAUUACCCUGGUGCUGCUGGCCUGGGGCACUCUCCUCUUCUACAUCGGUGGCCACUUGGUGAGGGACAGCGAGCAUCCGGAGCGGUCCAGCAGGGAACUCUCCAAGAUUUUGGCCAAGCUCGAGCGGCUUAAGCAGCAGAAUGAAGACCUGCGGCGCAUGGCAGAAUCUCUCAGGAUACCAGAGGGUCAAGCAGAAGCCGGGUCGCUGGCGGCAGGACGGCUCCGCUCCCUGGAGGACCAGCUGACCAGAGCCAAGCAGAAGAUUCACAGCUUCCAGAAACUCACUGGAGAUGGGCCCGGCCCCACGCAGGAGGAGCUGCGCAGGAAGGUGGAGAACGGCGUCAAGGAGUUCUGGUACUUUGUGCGGAGCGAGGUGAAGAGGCUUUCCAACGUGGAGAGCAACGAGAGGCAGAAAUAUGCUGACACACUCCUGCAGGACCUGGGACAUCAGGAGAGAUCCAUCAUGACAGAUUUAUACUACCUCAGCCAGGCAGACGGAGUUGGCGAAUGGAGAACGAAGGAGGCUAAAGACCUGUCAGAUCUGGUCCAGAACAGAAUCACCUACCUACAGAAUCCCCCAGAUUGCAGUAAGGCGAGGAAGCUGGUGUGUAACAUCAACAAGGGCUGCGGUUACGGCUGCCAGCUCCACCACGUCGUCUACUGCUUCAUGAUCGCGUACGGCACCCAGCGCACGCUCAUCCUGGAGUCGCACAACUGGCGCUACGCCCCCGGCGGCUGGGAGACCGUCUUUCUGCCCGUCAGCAACACGUGCACUGACCGGUCCGGGGCUUCCACUGGACACUGGUCAGGUGGGUACAUCCACAGCGACACAGUCACACUACGAACUGCAGUUAGCGCUAGCAACAGAGCUAACGGCGAAGCGAGCUAAGCAGCUGCUAAGUGC